AUGUACCCCAGUUCUAUUCAUGAUUUAGUCUACCGUCUGCUGAAAGAUAAUUUGAACUUAAGGUGCUUAUUUCAGUUAUUAGAAAUAACUAGAAAUAAGUGCCAGAUAUUUUGUUUAACCAGGUCAAUAUUCACUUUAUGGAUACUCUUCGGGCGUUCUUUUGAGUUUCCCGGGGUCCAAAGUAGAAAUUUAGUGCCUUACAUAAAUUGGUGUUCGUAUAAAUAUAUAUGA